CAUGACGUCACGCACAUGACGUCUCGCCAACCAGGGUCUCACUUGGCAACCGGAGUCCAUUCUUCCUUUCGAAAAAUAGCAACACUCUGUUGUGGAAAUUAGUCCGUCAAAUCGGACCAUAAUUUGCAGUUUCGGACGUAAAUCGGCAUUUUGGACAACGAUUUAUCACAAUGACACUGGGGAUGUAGCGGUAUCAGACUUUCCGUUGUGUAACGGGUCGUUUCAAUGGAAGAAUGUCCAUACGGGUCAUCCCUCAGCCAAGUCAAAGGACUCGCUCUAUGCUAACAACGGGAGAUAUGUUCACCACACACAACGCAAUCAUUGACCCUGCGACUCAUCAUCUCCCAGCUAUAACCGCCAACCAAACAGUCGGAGGUGGGCCACAUGUGAGUAGCGGAGGGGUAAAGGUACAGCAAAUGUAUGAAAAUAAAAACCUCCCUGACAAACGAGAGAUCCAAUAUGGCGGCGACCGCGGAGAACAAACCGAUCAUCCCCAUCAGUCUACCGGUCAUACUCAAUCCCUCCCGUCCGUACCUCCACGGCCAAGCUCGAGCGGAGGAAGUGUCACGAGUAAAGGCGGGUCGGCAGCACGUAGAGGUAACUGUAUGAGCCCUGAAACUGCAAUGAAGCAAUACAUGCAUAAACUCAGUUCAUUUGAACAUCAUGAAAUUUUUAAUUACUCUCAAAUAUUUUUCGUGGGCCAAAAUGCAAAGAAAAGACAAGGGGUUAUUGGAGGUGCAAAUAACAAUGGAUAUGAUGAUGAAAAUGGUUCAUACAUUCAUGUCCCACAUGAUCAUAUAUCUUAUCGCUAUGAAGUGCUGAGAGUCAUAGGAAAAGGUAGUUUUGGUCAGGUUGUCAAAGUCUAUGAUCACAAGCAAGGACAACAUGUUGCAUUGAAAAUGGUCAGAAAUGAGAAAAGAUUUCACCGCCAAGCUAAAGAAGAAAUUAGAAUAUUAGAACAUUUGAAGAAACAAGAUAAGGAUAAUACUAUGAACAUUGUCCACAUGUAUGAAGAAUUCACCUUCAGAAAUCACACAUGUAUCACAUUUGAACUGCUGAGUAUGAACUUGUAUGAGCUAAUAAAGAAGAACAAAUUCCAGGGAUUCAGUUUGCAGCUUGUACGCAAAUUUGCACACUCCAUAUUGCAAUGUCUAGAUGCUUUGUACAAGAACCGUAUCAUUCACUGUGAUCUCAAACCAGAAAACAUUCUCUUGAAACAACAAGGCAGAAGUGGCAUCAAGGUUAUUGAUUUUGGAUCUAGCUGCUAUGAGCAUCAGAGAAUAUAUACUUACAUACAGUCAAGGUUUUACAGAGCACCAGAAGUGAUAUUGGGUGCCAAGUAUGGCAUGCCGAUCGAUAUGUGGAGCUUGGGGUGUAUCCUUGCAGAAUUGCUAACUGGAUACCCACUGUUUCCUGGUGAAGAUGAAGGCGACCAGCUAGCUUGCAUUAUUGAGCUUCAAGGCAUGCCACCACAAAAACUCCUGGAUGGGUCAAAAAGGGCUCGCAAUUUCAUCAGUUCCAAGGGAUAUCCUCGAUACUGCACAGUGACCACAUUACCAAAUGGAAGCACUACACUCCAUGGGGGUAGAUCUCGCAGAGGUAAAGAAAGAAAGCCUCCAGGAACUAAAGAUAUUGUCUCUGCUUUAAAAGGUUGUGAUGAUCCAAUGUUUUUGGACUUCCUCAAACGUAGUUUGGAUUGGGACCCAGCUACAAGAAUGACACCAGGCCAAGCACUGAGACAUGCUUGGUUAAGACGUCGCCUACCAAAGCCGCCUCCGUCAAAUGAUAACAGGUUGGACUCCGGAGCUCGACGAAAUUCAUCAGGGAACCGAAGCUCGGUCCAGAAACUUGCCAACACCACAGUUACAACGAGUGGCAAGUCAAGGCAGAUAGGCCUACCAGAUGAUGUCAUUAACACUAGAACAAAACUGCCACAAAUUGGAUCAACAUUAUAGAUUUUAAUUACAGAAGAGUCAGGAUACAGUGUUGUGUCAUGAUUAAUAAAGGUUGAAACCUAAGCCGUCCAUUGCUGCUUGAAGCUUCAGUGUGAUAAAAUCUUCACAAGCCAAAUUCCUUAAGGCAUAUCACGGUGCAAGAUCUUUUAACUUUUAAUCAUGUGUAAUAGUUGUGAAGAAACUUUACAAAUAGUCUGAGAUCUGUUUGAAUUUGUGGAACACCAAGGAUACAACAAGGAUGAACCGUCUGCAACAAGUAUCAGUGUCAAAAAGCAUGAUAUGUAUUGUUUUCAUGCACUCACAGGAAGUACAGUUUGUGCACCAACAGUUUGUUUCAACAUGGUUUUCUUUUAAGUUGUGAUAAAGCUUCAUGGAAGUGAGUUUUAUUUUUACCAGCCAAUAUCUGUGAUGUGACUAAAUGCAAUAUUAUCAGGGUCCAGAUGGUUGAUAAUUCAUGUGUGUGGAACAAGCUAUCUUUUCUUACCAAUGGUUUCAGUGCCCAAGUUGAAAACCACAAGUAGACUUGUAACUGACAAUUUAUCUAAAUUCUUUAUCCUGUGAUUAAGGACACAUUAAGUAUAGUGACAUGCACUAUGUGAUUAGUCAGUGUAAGAACAUCACCAACGUGCAGCAGUUUGUUACUUGAGUAUCAAAAUUUGGUAUAGUUAGUGCAUAAUGUAAUUAAGUGGAACCAGGUUGUCAAGUGUUACUGCACUUUCCUUCCUUUAGCCUACUGCAAUGCACAAUCGAAAGGUGUCUCAAGAUCAAAAUGUGAUAUCACUACUAAACUAGGUCACUUAUUUUACAAUCCCAUCAUUUCCAGUGUGUGCUACUUGUGUUGAUUAUUGUUGUUUGAAGUGGUUGAAUGCUCUGUGUAUAAUAUUAAGUCAGCUGUUAAUGGCUCAUUGUAAAUAUAUGACAUAGUUAUAUCCUUGUACAGUUUUAAUAUAACACAUAUUAUUAUCAUGAUGAAUGAAACUGGAUUUUAGUCUGAUUUGUAUUUUAGGAGUGAUAACUCUUUUUAGAUUGUCAAUAAAAUAUUUUUAACUGAAGUGUAAAACAAGUUUAACUCAAUUAAAUCAGUAAGAACACUAAUGGUAUGUCUUGUUCUGAAGUAAGUGCUUAUCUAAUGUGUGAUUUGUUUUACUGGUUUUAUUCAGACAACCAUUUUGAUAACUGUGAAUGUUUUUAUUGGGCAUUUAUUUUUUUAUGUGAUUCCUCUAGUGUGAAGAUUAGAUAUGGUUACUUUCUAAUAUGUUAUUAUUGUCUCUUUCACUUUAUGUAUGUUCCAUUUCAAAACCAGAGUUUGAGCUAUGAGUGUAGAUCAUAAUGAAAUUUUAAGUUUCGUUUGCUCCAGGUUAUUGGUUAACUUUGAAGUGGAAUGAACCUACAAGUAAGGUAUAUAUUUGUUUUGAAUACAUCAAGAAAGUUUGCCAGGUAUUGUCAGCAUAAUCAACAACACUUAGAUUAAUGAACUAUAUCUAUAUCUUAUUCAGUUUAUUGAUAAACAAACAACAACAGUCAUUAAAGUUUCUCUGUCAAUUUUGUUUCUUUGGACAUGUUCAAAUUGAUUCAUCAGGGUUCUCAUAUGAAAGCUUUUAUUUAAGUUGGUGUCCAAGAAAGAGAAGGGUAGCAGUGGGACAGAAAAUGACGAGGUAAAGGACUACAUCAGUGAGCAACUUUUUGUAAUGAGUUUAUGAAAAACUCUCAUGGUCAGGCCCAAUGGAAACAUUCAUAAAGUCUUCACUGAUAUUGUGAACUCAUAUCACUGAUUGUCGUAUUAAAAUUAUUUUUCAAGGA